AUGUCUUUGUUGUCUGCUGAAGAACAUGGAGCAAAGAACAACUCGUAUGUAUGGAAAAUUGUUGGUUUACAGAAUCCGGAUUAUAUGAGAUUGGACGAAACGAAAACGAAAAUCACGGGUGGAUUUUACUUUCACGUCUUCGAAUCUGUGCAACAGAAAUUAAAAUUUAGGUAUUCUAUUGUUAAACCAAUACCUGAAGAUUUCGGACGUCGAAGUAAAAAUGGUUCGUGGACGGGAUUACUGGCAAAACUGGUAAACAAGGAAGCUGAUAUGUCUCUCAUUGCUUUAUUCCUCACCGCGAACAAUUUUGCUAUCAUGGAAGUUACCUCCCCUUUGAUGUUCCAGCCGAUUGUAUUUGUUAUCAAGGGACCAGAAAGAAUUUCGAAUUGGAUUUCUAUAAUAAAACCUUUCGGUUUGGAAAUGUGGAUUGCAAUUGUCUCAACGGUAUUCAUAUUUGGAUUAGUAUUGCAUAAAGUGGUCGAACGUGAUUUCGUGGCCGACGAAGUGGGAAUAUUCUGGCCACGAAGCCGUGUGUUCUGGAAUUUAUUUUGCACUUUUGUCUACCAAGGAACAAAUCUUAACAAUGUCAAGAGAUUUGGAUCCAGGUUGCUGUUUUCAAUAUGGCUGCUAUCAGUUGUAGUGUUAAUGGGUAGUUACAGUGGAACUUUAAUGUCAUUCAUGUCUUAUCCUUUAACUGAAUCUGUUCCAAAAAGUUUUGAUGAACUAGCGAUUGCUGUCAAAAAUGGUGAAUAUUCUUGUGGAGUUAUAGGAAAAAGUGUUCUAUGGACUUACAUUGAGAAUUCCAAAAGUAUACGGGAUAAAGUAUUCAAAGAUCACAUCAAACGUCACAGCAACUUCUUGUCUUUCUCAGCAGCCAGAGAAAGAGUUAAGAAGGAACGUUUUGCCGUGAUAUAUAGCGAGUAUGGAAUAAGAAAAUUGAUCGAUAAUGACCCACAUGCAUAUAUAAUUUCUUCAGAUGAUCUGACCCAAUUUAUUCAGCCUUAUGCCGUAAGAAAGGGAUUUCCAUUUAAGAAGGAAUUAAGUAAAACCGUAAUACGUUUAUUUGAAGCUGGAAUCGUCGAGAGAAAAGAUUAUUCGGAAACAACAAAGUUACUGAAGUAUUCAGAAUUCCAAGCAUUACAAUUAAGUGACAUCAUUAGUCCAAUGAUAUUGCUUUCCAUUGGAUUACUUCUAGCAUUAAUGUGCUUAUUUGUAGAAUUAUUCCAGCAAUUACGAAUAACUAUUAUUUAUUGA